AUGGUGGUAAGAGUGCCGGCGAGACAAUGCUCUACUCACUCGAGUGGUGGUUAUCACUUCAACAGUGAGACUCCAGUCCUGUUAAUGAACGACCAGUUCUGCACACAUGAACGCCGAGCCCUGUCCACCGCCGCCCCCGACGUUGAAUCACGAGAUGUGAGGGGACAGCAUAUAAUAGGCGAAGGCAGUUCCAGUGCCUACUCCGGGCUCGCACACCAUCACCACCACCAACAGCCAGUCAAUGCACAGCACUUCAGGAAAGCCGUUCCGAUUCCCAGCGCUUACCACAGCCAACAGUUGCCGUUGAGGUCACGUAUGCCCGAAAUGGUGGUUCAAUCGGACUUCCGGAAAGUCAGUGGAAUUACAUCCGAAGUGUUCCGUCAGAUAGAGGCCGUCGAGAAUGACUUCGACUCCACGACUGCCGCAUACUUCGAGUCCGUCGAGAAGAGGGGAGAAAUGGUUAUACGUCUCCUCAACCCUCAGACACUGGGCAGGGCUGGUGUGGAGGCCAGCCGUAGGUACGCCACCUCUACGGGCACUCACGGCGCCCACACCAGCGCACAGUUCGUCGAAAUCAUCAAAAGGCCGGGACAGACAUUGGGGUUAUAUAUACGUGAAGGCGACGGAUACCGGUGUAGUGAUGGUGUGUUUAUAUCGCGUAUAGCACUGGAAAGUGCUGUUUAUAACAGUGGACUUCUCAAAGUGGGGGACGAGAUCUUAGCCGUCAAUUUAGUGGAUGUGCGCCGAAUGUCUUUAGACGAUGUGGUCAUCAUUAUGUCUAUUCCCAGACGACUUGUGCUAACCAUCCGUUCCCACAUCUAUUCGGGCAGUCAGUCGGCAAUAAUGGCCAGAAAGUCGAUGAGUAACGACUACCGGAACCCUCCGGUGGUUGUCGUCAAGAGAGAGGUGGAGGACGAGCCGUACGACGAGGGGAACAGUCAGAGGGACAGUGAGAACGGGCACCUAAUGCAGGCCAGACUCAAGGGACUGCCCGACAAUAUUCCAGCCAUGGCUGUGCCUUUGGAUGGCCAACACUACAGGGCAUUACCUCCACGUCCGGGAACAGUAGAAGAUCAGGUGCUUUACUACAACACCCCUCCCACGCAAUUGAGAACUUCUAUGUCCGGAAUAUAUCCGAUGCAAUCGAGAGAUGACUUGUGGAGCGACCAGAGGGCCGGUGUGUCGCGCACCCGACCCUAUGGUAUAGUCACUCAACAGCCAAAUGUGUUGCGCAGACAAUACCCGAGAACUAUUGACAACUUGUCAGCUCAGGUGCACCAGUACUACAGCUCCGGAUACUCAUCAGAUGUGCCACAAUCCUCGCGCCGCAGCGGAUCCAUGGGUGUGACCCGGGCUGCUGUCCACAGACCUCCCUCUACGGGUCGCCAACGCUAUUGGGAAGAGUACGCGUUGGCCGGAAGUGCACCUAAUAGUGGAUCCCUUAGAGGGCAUCGACUCUUAAGAACAGAGAGCGAUCACGGAAUACCUCCCACAAUGUCCGAUGACUUCCUCGAUAGAUAUCUGCGGCCAUUGAGUAGAACCAGUGCUUCGCCCGGAUAUCCAUCGAUGGCUUCUAUGCAAGACUUGAAACAAAGACGAAUCGAUGAGUUAAGGAACUCCUCAUCAAAUCAGGCCAUCAAUAGUAUAUUAAGGAGACGCCAGUACUUUGAUGGAAGUGCUUCGGACACUGAGACCAGCUCUCCCUCUCACUAUCUGCUGAGGCAACGAAGUUUGGGACCGUAUUCACGAAUGGUUAGAGGAGGGGGAGGUUCGAGGGACUCAUUCCAACUCAGAAGCAGUUCAUUGCCCCGAACCCGACCCGUCUCAUCCGAAUACCAGUACUUCUCAGGAACCCCUCCCUCACGACGAGUUUCCAGACAGACGGUGCGCUUUGAAAGGCCCCCUCUUGGCUACGACGAGGACAGCGACGGCGCCGCCUCAGCACCUGAAUUACCGGCCACUCGGCCACGAAGAAUAGCACGACGAAUGACAUCUCCAAAUCCCAACUACUCAUCCGAUGAAUACCAGCAAUGGAUGGUGAGAGCGCCGUCUACUUCGGCUAUCUAUGAAAGCGUCCGCAAAGGGAAGAUUAUGGAGAGAAGUCCUCUGAGCUCUCAUAGCAUCAGUCGAAUCGCUCACUCGGCUGAGAGUCUGCUCGACACCAUCCGAUCGGUCGGUUUCAACAAUUCACACAAUAUUCACGAACAAAAGCGAACACUUUUGGCCGAUUUAUAUGCAAGUCGUGCGGCCAUUACGGGCAAGACAUCAAUGCUGCCAAUGAGUCGCGAAGAAUCCAACCGAUUGUUAGGCAAACCCUCACUAAAUCCGUUUACAAUGGAUUACUUGCGCGGAUCCAUACCUAACCCGACGCCAGUGAAAGCCAGUGAGGAUUCACGGCUACACCUGUUGUCACUAAAUCCGCGCGAAUUCUUCAAAUACAGACCGGAGAAGCCGGAGCGAGGCCUACAAAGUGAGGGAUUCAGUGGUUUAGUGAAUGUGCAUCUGUUGGCGGGUCGGGGUCUACGGGCCAGUACGGGACACGUGAGUGAACACUACCGGGACGUGUAUUGUGUCAUAGAGUGUGAUCGCAUACAUAAGGCCCGGACAGUCGUCCGAAGCGGUGAACAGAGCUUCGAUUGGGACGAAGUGUUUGAUUUAGACUUAUUUGACACCAAAGAGAUUGCAUUCCUGUUAUACACAUGGGAUCCACAGUUCAGACACAAGUUGUGCUACAAAGGAGUCCUUCAUUUGUCUGCCCUAUCACUCAAUGAGACGCCGGCCCACAGUCUGGCCUUAAAGAUGGAGCCGAGAGGGACGCUAUAUGUGAAGCUUAGGUACAAAGACCUGUCGUCAGCAUUCCAGAGGCCAACCGUCACACCCAGUGGUCAGUCAGUGAACGCCAUAUUCGGUGUAGACGCCGAAAGUGUUGUGAAUCGCGAGAAUUCCGGACUAAAUGUACCCUUAAUUGUGAAGCGAUGUGUCGAUGAGAUCGAGAAACGCGGACUCGAUUUGGUCGGCAUUUACCGACUUUGCGGGGUUAGGAUAAAACUGUUUACUAGCUAA